UCAGAUCAAAAGACGAUCUUUUAGUCAAAGUUCGACUUCAAUCGAGAGAGAAAUUUUGACAAAAAUUUGUUAACAAAAUGAUAAUUAGCUAGCUAGCCUACAUGAAAUUUGAUGAUCGAUCAUCAUCGAGCUGUCUUUCUCAACCGCAACCAUGUUUUUCCUUUUCCACCCAACAAAGCUCCUCCUUCGGUACUUGAUGAUCAUAACCAUUUUCAUCUUCCUCGCAAUCCCCUGUGCAGCUCAGAUAUCAUUCAACUACACCGAUUUCAGUAAAACUGACAAUAGAUCAACUUUAAGAGUUUCAGGAAACGCUACUUUCUUAGGUUUAGUCAUUCAGCUCACGCCAAAUGCAGUGGAUAACUGGGGUCGAGCCACGUAUUCGCAACCGAUGCAUCUUUGGGAUAAAGAGUCAGGAAAACUAGCCGACUUCAACACCAGCUUCUCCUUUAUCAUCUAUUCGGAAGGCAGUGACAACUAUUCAGAUGGGCUCACUUUCUUCCUCGCAAGCCGCGAUCUUCCUCCACCUUCUCCAACAGAUGGCCUUGGCAUUGGCCUUGCGAGCCGUGACCAAGUGAGCGACCCAAAUUUCUUGGCUGCAUAUAAAUUCGUUGCAGUGGAGUUUGAUACUUUUCGGAAUAGAAGAUGGGAUCCGGUUGAGCCUGUUCGUGAACAUGUUGGUAUCAAUGUCAACAAUUUAACUUCUCAGAACUCUACGCCAUGGUAUAGUGUCAUUAAAGAGAAUAGAACAUAUAGUGCUAGUAUUAGCUAUCGUUCUAGUACGCAGAAUUUGAGUGUCACCUUCACUGGAUUCAACAAUAUUGUCAAUGGCACCGUGCCAGUUCAACAGCACCUUUCUUCUAUGGUUGCUUUGGAAGAUCAGUUACCAGAAUGGGUUGAAUUUGGCUUCUCUUCCUCAACAGGUUUCUCUACCGAGUUGCAUGUUCUUUGCUCGUGGUCCUUCGAAUCGACGCCACCUUUUUUCAUUCGGAAAUCUACAGAACCUAACAAGAAAGGAGACGACAGCAAGAAAAAAUUGGUGGGGGGGCUGAGCGUCGGUGCAUUUGUUUUAAUUGGUUGUGUAGGAUUGGUUUGGCUUAAGAAUAGGAAGAAGCGAGCUAGAGGGGGAGAAGAGGAUUUAGGCUUUGAGUUUUCUAUGGACGAUGAAUUUGAACAAGGUACGGGGCCAAAGAAAUUUUCCUACAAAGAACUCGUUCGUGCGACUAAUGAUUUUGCAGAGGAAAAUAAGCUUGGAGAAGGAGGGUUCGGUGGGGUUUAUAAAGGAUUUUUAAGAGACUUGAAUUCCUAUGUUGCUGUGAAAAGGGUGUCAAGGGGAUCCAAACAGGGGAUAAAGGAAUAUGCGUCUGAGGUGAAGAUCAUUAGUCGACUGAGACAUAGGAAUUUGGUGCAACUAAUUGGUUGGUGCCACGAGAAGAAAGAUCUCCUACUCAUUUACGAAUUUAUGUCAAAUGGUAGCUUAGAUUCGCAUCUUUUCAAACGCAAGAGCUUGUUGACAUGGGCAACGAGGUACAACAUUUCUCGAGGCUUGGCUUCCGCAUUGCUGUACUUGCACGGAGAAUGGGAACAAUGCGUUUUGCACAGGGACAUUAAGGCAAGCAACAUCAUGUUAGAUUCAAGUUUCAAUGCGAAGCUCGGAGAUUUCGGCUUGGCUAGGCUGGUGGAGCAUGCAAAAGGAGCACAAACCACGGCAUUGGCUGGGACCAUGGGCUAUAUGGCACCAGAAUGUUUUAUCUCGGGAAGGGCUAGCAAGGAGUCAGAUAUAUACAGUUUUGGGAUUGUGGCUCUGGAGAUAGCCUGUGGACGAAAACAAAUUGAAACCAAGGUCACGGAAGAAGAAAUUAUGUUGGUAGAGUGGGUUUGGGAGCUUUAUGGAAAGGGAAAGCUUCUUGAUGCAGCCGACCCCAGAUUAUGUGGAGAUUUUGAUCGGCAGGAAAUGGAACGUUUGAUGAUUGUUGGGCUUUGGUGUGCUCAUCCAGAUCACACUGUCAGACCUUCAAUUAGGAAAGCCAUUCAUGUGCUUGAUUUUGAAGCUUCACUUCCCAUUCUAGCACCAAAGAUGCCAGUGCCAACCUAUCUUGAUCCUCCAUUUGGGCCAUCAUCUGCAUCUUCUGCUACCGCUUCUGACCAAGUCCAGCUCUCUCAGUCUACGAGCCAUAGUAUUUACACAGGUUCCUCACAAUUCAAUACAUCUUCUACAGCAUCUUCUUCAUCUACCAUACUUUUAUACUCUGACAAUUAACACCAUGUAAAAUAAUAUAGGGUGGAGCACAGACACUUGAUGAUGUGCAUGAUAUACUGAUUGUUUUAGGUUUUUAAUGUAUUAGUGAUUGCUGUAAUUUGUUAUCCUUUCAAGUUAAUAUAUAGUUUAUAUUUUGUCA